AUGUCGACGUCCAGGGAACCGCGCGUGGCGCGACAUCGCGUGCAACAGAGAGGGCUCGUGCAGAGGGAGAUCGCGAGCGCGUCGUUCUCGUUCUACGACGCGGACGAGGUGAGGAAGAUCAGCGUGAAGAGGAUCACGAACCCGACGCUAUUCGACGGGUUGAACAACGCCGUGCCGGAUGGAUUGUACGAUCCAGCGCUGGGGCCGACGGAUGCGAAGACGACGUGCGUGACGUGUAAGUACCCGGGAGGGAUGUGCGACGGACACUUCGGGCACAUCGAGUUGGUGGUACCGGUGUAUAACCCUUUGACGUUUGGGACCGUGGUGCGGUUGCUCAAGACGACGUGUUUUCAUUGUCAUCGUUUCAGGAUGCACGAGAGUCGGGUGCGGAGGUUUCGGGAGCGGUUGGAGAUGCUCAUGGACGGUGAUGUCGAGGGGGCAGAGAACGUGAUGCCAGAGAUUAGUAAGAAGGCGAAGAAGGAGAUGAGCGAGAUCUGGCAAGAGGUUGAGGACGACGGCGACGUCGAGGAGAUGGAUUUGGACAACAUUCACGACGUCCUGCCGAGGCUCAAGACGAAGGGAAAGAACGGUCCGGUAGCGUGGACGUCCGUAUCGUCUACCGCCGCGCGGGAGCUCAUCAAGGAGUUUUUGUCAAUUCAGCCAAAGAAGUGCGAAAACUGCAACGCCGUGAACCCGAAGGUGUCGACGGAGGGACACAAUAAGAUUUUCCGGGGUCAGAUCGCGAAACAAGCGCAUCUGAACAACCUAGCGAAUGGGAUCAAUAUAAAUGAGGACAUGCAGAGAUUGGCGCGUCAAGCAAGUGCGGAGAGCGCAGAUUCGCACGAGGGAGCGUCCAAGCUGGCAGGAGCGGAGGUCGAACCCAGGUUGAUUCCGGCAAAGAAAAAAGUGAGAAAGAGGCUCGGUGAAGGCGACGAGUCCGAUGAGUCGACCGACGACGAGGAUGGAUCUCGGGAUAAGACGAAAACAGGCGGUGCAGAGGGUGAAAACUCGGAGAGCACGUCAGAUGAUAGCGAUAACAGCGAUGCCGACGAGAUGUCCGUGGACGAGCGCGUGCCGGAGCAGACUAAACCGUUGUACAUCACUCCCAUCGAGGCUCGAGCGCUGCUCAAGCGCCUUUGGGGGAAUGAGUACGACUUUUGCUCUUUGAUCUGGGCCACGAACGGGCCCUCGAAGAAGUCCAAAGGGCUUAGUGAGCGUCGAAGUGACCCGUCCAGAUUUUUUGUUCAGACUCUGUUAGUGACACCGUCCAAGUUCCGACCGGCGAGUAAAAUGGGAGACAUGAUUUUUGAGCAUCCGCAAAACACAUCGCUCACGACCAUCAUACAGGCCAACUUGAGCCUCGCUGAGUUGUUUAGGACACCUCCGACAGUGCCAGAGCCGCCGGAAGUGCGCGCUGGAAGAGCCGUUCGCGCUUGGCUGGCACUUCAGUCGGGUAUAAACAGACUCAUUGAUGCAACGAAAGCCGACACGCAGGAGGCCAAGCAAGCGAUCGGGAUCCGGCAACAGCUAGAAAAGAAAGAAGGUCUUUUCCGUAUGAACAUGAUGGGAAAGCGCGUCAACUUCGCCGCGCGCUCGGUGAUUUCUCCUGACCCUUACUUGGGAACAAGCGAAAUCGGCGUUCCACCCGUCUUCGCCAAGAAACUAACGUUUCCCGAGCUCGUUACGCCUCACAACGUUGACUUGAUGCGAACCCUAGUGGAAAACGGUCCGGACAUUCACCCGGGCGCGAACGCGAUAGAAGAUGAGCGAGGUCGAGUAAUUCACCUUGAUAAGUUUACCGCCGAAAAGAGAGCGGCCAUCGCGAAGACCCUCUUGGCGACGACCGCCAGUGGAUCUGCCGACGGGCCAGCUCGUCCUCUCGCAAAGACGGUCUACAGGCACUUGCGGAAUGGCGACGUCAUGCUCGUCAAUCGUCAGCCAACGCUACACAAGCCGGGUAUUUUAGCGCACACGGCGCGUGUGCUUCCCGGGCAACGCGUCGUCCGUAUGCACUACUCAAACUGCUCCACAUUCAACGCUGAUUUUGACGGGGAUGAGAUCAACCUUCACUUUCCACAAGAUCAUCUUGGGCGCGCCGAGGCGUACGAGAUCAUGCACGGCGAUCGUCAGUUCACGGUACCGACGGAUGGCAAGCCGCUUCGAGGUUUGAUUCAGGAUCACAUUUGCUCCGGUCUCAUUCUCUCCAUGCGAGACAGAUUUUUAAACCGAUCAGAAUUCACGCAACUAUUGUACAGUGCGCUUGUUGAUUACUGUGGUGAGACUCACGGAACGAUAGAAGUUCCACCGCCAGCGUUGCUCAAGCCUCAGAGACUGUGGACGGGCAAGCAGCUGAUAGGUGCCGCAAUCACGCAUAUCACUCGCGGUCGACCGCCGAUGACGUUCAGCGCGCCUUGCAAAAUCCCCGGCACGUUCUUCGGCGGUGAAGACUCUGGAGAAGACCGCCUCGUUAUUCGGCGCAAUUAUUUCUGCACCGGUGUUGUUGAUAAGAACAUGUUCGGUAAGUACGGCCUUGUACACGCCGUCGCUGAGCUUCACGGGCGCUCCGUCGCUGGCGCUCUGUUGUCCAUCUUCACGAGACUUUUCACAACGUUCUUGCAAAAGCACGGAUUUACAUGCGGCAUAGAUGACUUGAUUCUCACUGAGCAAGCCGAACAGGAUCGUCUAGAUGAGCUCGAAAAGGCUGACGAGGCGUGUAAGACUGCCACUGCGGACGUUGCAGAGGCGACCGGGAAAUCAGACGAGCAAGUGAUGCGUGCAGUCGCGGCAAAACUGAGGGAGAACGCCGCUUGGGGCGCUCAGUUGGACAUGAAAGCUUCUGGUGCGCUGAACAAAGUGACAUCGGCGACGGUGAAAAAGUGUCUGCCGUUAGGGACUAAAAAAAUGUUCUCGAAGAACUGUCUGUCCCUCAUGACGAUUUCUGGUGCGAAGGGCUCUUUGGUGAACUUUUCGCAGAUCGCCGCUGCGUUGGGCCAGCAAGAGCUCGAAGGGCGUCGCGUUCCUCGAAUGCCGAGCGGGAAAACGCUUCCGUGCUUCGAAGCCUACGAUGUCAGUGCGCGAGCUAACGGCUACAUUGCGUGCCGUUUCUUCAGCGGUCUGGACCCGCCAGAGUACUUUUUCCACUGCAUGGCUGGGCGUGAAGGUCUCGUCGACACCGCUGUGAAAACCGCGCGCUCCGGUUACCUGCAGCGCUGCUUAGUGAAGAACCUUGAAUCACUGCGAGUGCACUACGAUUACACCGUCCGCGAUUGCGAUGGGAGUAUCGUGCAGUUCCAAUAUGGUGAAGACUCCGUCGACGUCACUCGUUCUGGAUAUUUGCAAAAAUUCGAGUUCCUCGCCGAAAACCCGGAGCUUAUCAUGCUCAACAACAAGUCAGCCAUCUCGACGUUGCCAACACUCAACAAGAAGAACGUCAAGGUUAUUGACGAAAUCAGCCGCAAGGAAGAUAUACCUAGAUUCGCGACUGAAAACUUUGGCAACCAACUGGGUGUCUUGCCCGAGAAGUUCAGCGUCGAACUCAAAACAUUCAUCGAUUCACGCCCGAAAGGAUACUGGGCCGACGAAAAGGGUGAUAUAAAGAAUGCUUCUCUCGCUGCCAAGUCUGGCGUCACGGCUGAAGAGUUUGCGACUCUGAUGAACAUGAUGUUCCUCAGCAACGUUGCGCCGCCCGGUGAAGCCGUCGGCGUUGUAGCGGCUCAGUCUGUCGGAGAACCUUCAACGCAGAUGACUUUGAACACGUUCCACUUCGCUGGUCGGGGCGAAGCAAACGUCACGCUCGGUAUCCCGCGUCUGCGCGAGCUUCUCAUGGCGGCAUCGAGGAAGUUGCUCACGCCUGUCAUGGUGCUUCCUUUGAGGAAAGGAUACAGAAGCAAGGAACACGCGAACACUCUCUGUCGACGCCUUCGCAGAGUAGUGUUGGCGGAACUCAUGGAGAAGCUCUCAGUAAAGAUAAAAGAUUACGGCACGGGACCGGACGGACGCCUGUCGCGACUCUACACGGUGUCCAUUCACAUGCGCGAGGGACAUGACGAGAACGACCCUAAUGAAGUGACAUUCAAGGAGUUUGCUCGCACGGUCAAGCUCAAGUUUGCGCCGCAGCUCGUGGGCAGAAUUGGAAGCGAGAUGAAAAAGAACAAGGCGAAGGGCAUCAUCAUCAAGAACGCCACGGGUCCGAUGGAAGGGACGACCGCUCCGCGAGAAGCUCUAGAUGGUGACGAUGACUCAAAGCUUGAUGAAGGGGUCGGCAAGAAGAAGGUCAAGUUUGAAGCGAACGGCGACGUCUCGGAUGAGGAUGAUGACGAAGAGGAUGAGGAAGGAGCGAAAAUGGAGAAGAGAAAGGCGGACGAGGAUGGAAACGAUGCCAGUGACUCAGAUGAUUCCUCUGAUGAAGACUCUGAGUCUGAUGACGACGACGAUUCCGAAGUAUCAUCUGACGACGGUGAGGCCGUCGAUACGAAAACGUCGAAGACGAAACGUGUCGCCGGAGACUUUACCGACGCCGGUGUGCAGCUACCGAGUAGCGAAGUCGUUGAAUCCAUCGUCCUGAACGAAAAGGCACGGACCUUGGAGUUCACCAUCCCCUGCGGCAUCAAUUCGCCGCACGUCCUCGCAUUGGAGGUUGCGCAGGAUCUUGCGGUGAAAAUCGUCAUUCGAGAGACUCCCGGAAUUAAGCAAACAUUCGUGGUGGGUAAACCUGAAGCCGAGGAUCCAAACGGGAUGCAGCCGCUCUCGGUUCAGACAGAUGGUAUUUCCUUCCGAGCCGCAUGGGCCAACUCUGACUUGAUUGACGUCGACAUGAUAAAAUCCAACUCUGUAUGGGACAUCAUGCAAACGUUCGGCGUCGAGGCGGGACGAGCGACACUUGUGAGCGAAGUCCAGGCCGUGUUCUCCGUGUAUGGUAUCGGUGUCGACGCUCGUCACCUCUCACUCAUCGGCGAUUUCAUGACGCAGCAAGGCGAAUACAGGCCGUGUAACAGAAGUGGCAUCGAGAAGAGCAUUUCGCCGUUCUUGAAGAUGUCUUACGAAACGGCGACCGCUUUCCUGACGGAGGCCACUAUAAGAGGCGAAACAGAUGACCUCAGCUCGCCUUCGUCUCGCAUCGUCGUUGGGCGCACCGUCAAUCUGGGUACCGGGUCGUUCUCUCUCAAGCACGACGUGCCUCGCGCCGCAAAGUAUUUGGAGGCAAACAAGAAACGUUAG